AUGGGCCGCUUAUAUCCUAUGGCAGAACCUGAACUGGCAACCCUUCGGGACUACCAUGAGAAAAACCUGGCUCGCGGAUUUAUUCGGCCUUCUACAUCUCCCUUGUCGUCCCCUGUCCUAUUUGUCAAGAAGAAAACAGGGGAUCUCCGCCGUUGUAAUGAUUAUCGUGCCCUGAAUAAAAUCACAAUCCGAGAUUGUUACCCGCUUCCAUUGAUCCCUGAACUGCUGGAUCAUCUGAAAGGGGCACAGAUCUACACCAAACUUUACCUUCAAGGUACAUACAAUGUAGUAUGCAUUAAGGCCGGUGAUGAAUGGAAAACAGCAUUUGGCACCAGAUACGGUCAAUAUGAACAUCUAGUCAUGCCAUUCAGCUUGACAAAUGCUCCAGCAGUCUUCCAGCGCUUCAUGAACGAUGUGUUCCGAGAUCUAUUGGACUGGUUCAUUAUUAUUUACCUGGAUGACAUCUUGGUCUACUCCGCCUCCUUGACCCAGCAUACUGAGCAUGUACAACAAGUGUUCCAACGCCUCUGA